AUGGCCGACGUUGGCGCGGCGCCGGCUGAGGCUGGGGACGCGCGGGACAACCUGAUGGAUUUGGUGUUCGGGCAGAGCACCGCGGAGGACGGCGCCGCGGCGGAGGACGGCCCCGCGGAGCCGGGGGGCGCCGAGCCCGAGCCUGGGCCCACUAGCAGCCACGAGUCGGACGGCGCAGAGGCCGAGGGGGCCGGGGAGGCGGCGGAGGCCGUUGCAUCCGAGGAGGAGAGGGCCGAGGGGAGCGGGAACGGAGUUUCCGCGGCGGAGGACGCGCCCCGAUCGGCGGUGGAGGGGGCCGGGGAGGCCAGUGCGGGGUCUGGGGGCGAUCCGGGGCGCGAGGACCCCGAGUCAGUGGCGCAGGAGCUGAUCAGCGCCGCGAAGGAGGCCGAGGGGCUCUCUGCGUCGGAGCCGGCGGCGGAGGCGGAGCCCGCGGGCGAGUUAGGGGAGGAGCCUAGCGCGCCCGAUGCGCCUGGUGCGCAGGAGGCCGCCGAGGAGCCUGCGUCGGAGCCGGACGCCGGCGGCGCGAGCGAGGCGGCCAGGACAUCCAAGCAGAGCAGCGCGGAUGCGCCGGAGGCGAACGGCGACGCGCACCACACGCACACGGUUGCUGUGGAGCCAGAGACGCCUCGCGGGCGCGGCAAGAGUCGGGAUGCGAAGUGGACGUCCUAUUUCGACGAGGAGGAUUCCAGCCAGUCCCCCGGGCCCACCCCGCGGCCGCAAUCCGCCAGGCCCGCGGACGCGAUGCGGGAUCCGCACUCCCCAGGGGGGCCGCACACGGUGCCGCACAAGGGCCGCGCGCGGCCAAUGACCGCCGCGCCGGGCGGCUCGAUGUACACCACGUACCCCGGCUACGAGCGCUUCGUUCCGCCGCCGCCGAAGCGCCUCUCGAUGGCCGAGCAGGAGGCCAUGGUCGCCCGCCUGUACCGCGUCAAGCCGUCGCACCCGCCCGGCGGCCGGCGCCCGCGCUCCGCCAUGGUCCGCUACAAGCGCGACGCCAACACGGGGCAGUUCCAGCGCACGCUCGUGCCGAUGCCGCGGAAGACCGUCGAGGAGCGCACCGCGUCGAUGGUCCAGCUCUACGAGCGGUGCUGCGAGCGCGAGGCCAAGGUCCAGGCGCAGCUCAGGGACAAAUACCUGCAGCCCCUGUGUGCGCCCAAGGUGUACGAGGGGCCGGCGGCGAAGCAGACGCUGCGGACGAAGACCGAGCGGCUGUACAUGGGGCAGCGCGCCAUGGAGGACACGGACCCGGAGUGGGAAGACACGGUCGCGCGCCUGCGCCGCAAACUGAAGAUGUAG